AUGAAAGGCCAACCCGUCGACCAGCUCGUCUACGAGUGCAUGUUUCCUCGUCCCAAGAGCAACGAUCCACAAAACUUCCAUAUGCUACUCCAGCGUAACCUAAUUCCAGAGGUUCGUCAGGAAACCCACGCUUUUUACGGUCAUCUCGACACCCAGGAAGCGAAAUACCCUGGCCUCGACUACACCCACAAGACCCAUCGUAUUCGUCUUUCUCGCUGGCCAUGGCAUCGACGCCUUUUCCGCGCUUUCGAUAACCUCCAGCUUACAGCCUCCGAAAUCGCGGGCCUGACCAAGUGGGAGGGAACAAAAUGGGCCAAGGAAAAAUAUGAGAAGGAGCAGGGAUACAUUAUUCAUGACACCACCGCCGAUGGAUUCCCCGACUGGACCGAUAUUCAACAUUUACCUCGUGCUUCUCGCAGCCAUUCCGCCGAGGUUGGCUACAUGGGGCUCGACGACCUGGAUAACGAUAUGGAUGUUGAAAGCGAAGACGAGCUGGACAGUGUAGGCGUUGAACUAAAUGAGCGUCUCAGAGAUGGAGUUGCAAGACGCGAGGCUGGUGAUACAUCAGCUGUCCUCGACGAGGAAUGGGAGCAGUGGCUCAAAAACGCCAUCGAAUCAGGUGAAAUCAGCUUUCUGAACGACCAUGUCUUCCACGAAAGUGACACAGUUCCUGCUGCGCUCUUCCCACCAGGUUUGCUUAGUACAGCACGAGCUGGCCAAUGGGGCGAGAUUCCCGAGUCUCUUCACCGCAUACUUCGCCGCACUUUACAAUCAGAAGACCCUAACCGACCCCAACAAAUACAGGCGUCGACACGUUCUCAAACUUCGGCCCCUUUGCUGCAGAACCGAUACUCUAUGGAUUCUCGAUUGAUCCGCAGUUCAUAUCUCCGCCUACCGGUCGGCGAUUCUAGUUCAGGGCGCACAGGAACCUCAAAUGCUUGA